AUGGAGCUCGCCUUAGUCGAGAGUGAAUCGUUCUCGCCUUCCUGCCCCACGCUCAUCAUGCCAGCGCUGUCGAUUGGCAACGUGGGGCAGCUCGCCGUCGACCUUCUGAUAUCCUCGGCGAGGGCGAGGCGGGUGGCUUACCUCUACGAGCCCUCCGUGCUGCCCUGCGCCGGCAACGACGCCUUCGGCCCUGACGCCGUCGGCGACCUCGCACUCGCUCUCGAAGCUUAUGAAUCUACAUCUCAUAGGCUGGCUUUCAUUCAGCAAAGGUCUCCAGUUAUUACAGGGAUGAUGGUUUCAUUUGCAAAAAAUGUUGCUGAUUUCAUAAGCAGCAUUGGGAAGAACCAUAUUGUCAUUAUUUCAAGUUUAGAUUCUGGAAAGAGGAGGGUAAUUGAUGCAUCCAGUGACAUGCAGGUGUAUUACCUUUCAAGUUGCAACGAAGAUGGUUCUGAUCCAGAAUAUGAGAAAUUGGGGUGGAAGAAGCUUGAGGAUUACAAUCCAUCUCAGAAACGUUGGAGUUAUCUUGCUAGCCUAGUUGAGGGUGGUGGUCUUUCAGAAGAUAUGGAUGAUGAUACUGAUGAGAUGACAAUAAAUGAUUACUAUGUGAGCUUGCCAUUUGCAGCACUAUUCUCUGCCUGCAAGGCUAAAGGCUUGAAAGUUUCUUGUGUACUGUGCUACUGCUCAGAAGGCGACAACAUGCCAGAAUCUUUCCAGUUAGCUGAGGCAGUAUGCAAAUUUCUAGGUCAUGACCCUGAGAAAUUCCAUGGAAAUGGGUCAAAUGGGUGGAUCGUUCCCUUGUCAUGGAAAUCAGUUUAUGGACCACCACCUGAUAUGUCCAUCUUUUAG